AAAUAAACAUGCUGGUGUCAGCAGGGCUACCAUAACUAGUUGUAACAGAAGAGCUAGGUGAGGUUUUAUCCCUGCCAUUAACAUCUGAAAAAUCUUUUCAAACUGUCGAAUUAGCAACUGAAAUGAACCUCUCCGGUUGUGUGAAUGAGAUAUAUGUCGAGUGUCAAUCAGUUAGUUGUAUCAUAUGGAUGGUGUCUAGAACCAUCGAGCGCACAUUUACUGCGGAACGGCUUUUGGGGAUGUUCAUCUGAGGAAAGAUUUGCGUUUUUGACACUCUUCACGACAGCUUUCUCCAGGUUCUUAGUAGGCGAGCCAAGCUAUAAUUAACCGAUAAGGGAUUUCAGUUCAACAUCUUCAAAAGCCCUGACCACCCAGCUGCCCCUUGAGAAGUUGAGAGAGAGUCAACCAUCUCCCACCUUCUAUCUCGGACGUUGAUCCAGUUUGCCUAACAUGGGUGCGGGCAUCAUGUGCAGACAAGUGGCUGAGCUGGCGCCUGUCGAGCGUUGGAUGGCCGACUGGCUGGUUGAGCAAGACAAGUGCUGGAAAGCAGGAACGCAGGAGGCUAAGCAUCUAUGGGAGGGAGGAUUGCAUCAUAUAGAAAGUGAAAUUAUAGUUCUUUCUCUAAAGUACCUAACAUGAUGGGAGGUAUGUAUAUACGGGUGGUUUGGAGCAAACUCCAAAUAAAAACAAAACAAAUUCUCGAAAUUGUCUAGAUGAGGAAAAAUUGUGCAAUGAUCAACCUUUGUUGUACAACAAGACAGCUCCGCAGGAAUCAGCGCCGGCUCUCCGGCUCUCCGACUCUCCAUAGUCAGUGGCAAAACGGCAACCCUCCCCCGUGGCUUGGCUUAGUCGAGAGUAUUAUCGUCGUCCACAACAUCGGCCUUGGCUACUGCUUCAUUGGCGUUGGGGUGUUCAUGGCUUUGUUCGGGGCAAGGUUGGGGCUGGGGUUGAACAGGGGUGUUUGAAGGGAAUGGCUGCUGUGGUACUGGUGAUGGAGGAGGAUGUUGUUCUUCGGGUUUGAAAAGGAAUAUCUCAGCAAAGAGGUGAGGAAGAAACCGAUCUAGGCGCUUCUGCGUCUCGACCCAAAUCCUUUCUUUUGUAGGGUCUUCCGCAGGUGGAGCUAGAUAACCCCCAUCUGCCAUUACAAGGAGUAUAUUCUUCAAGCUUUCAGGUACUGCUUCCUCCUGUGUAUCCAAAAAUAAAUCUGUUAGCUUUCGGAAACACAUAAGGGUGUGACGAAUGACCAAUAACAUGACCACACCAAAAAAGGGAGAACCUACAAGACUAUCUCCCUGGCCACUAUUCAUCAUGCGGUCCAAAAUAUCCAAGAUCUUCAGCCAUAGAUCCAACAUCCCAUCCCAUUCCGAAAGUAGGACAAGGUAAUGAAGGAAAAUUUUGCACACGAGGGUUGCUGCUUGAACUCGAGUUUCGCUCAUUCCGACCGAGUCUGAUUGGUACACCUCAGGUUUGAGGAGUCGUAAGAUUAGUGGGAAUAAUACUUCUCCAAAAAUCGCGAUCCACUCUGUAUGAUCCGUCGAUGCAAGUUCAGGUGACAACAGGGAUCGUUGCAGUGCCGAUAUGGCUUGGUGUCGAACAUCACGGCAAGGAUUGAGGCACUGUGUGGUCAGUGCGUUGAAUAUUGGUGACCAGUAUGCGGCCCAUGCUAAAAAAAUUACUUUAGUACCGGAAGUGGAGACAAAUCUGAGAAAAUACUUCCACGUACCUUCGUUCCGUUCUAGAUGAGACUGUUGAAUGAGAUCCGGUACUCGUCCUGCCAAGUGGUAUAUAAGGCCGAUUGCUUUAAUUCCACGUUGCACCAACGGAUUAUCCCUAAAUUGGAUUAGCUCAAGUGACAAUAAUGAAGGUGCCAAAAAGCGGGGAAGAAGCACAGGACUUACUGGGCUUUAGGGGGCUUCACUAGCUUGGAUCGUCGUCCUGAAGGAGUCCUCCUUGAGUCAGGCACAGCAGCAAGGCUCCCUGCGCUCGCAAAAUCAUUGGCAAGGCUUACGCAAGACUCGUAGUUGUCGGCUGAAAUCACGGGCGGAGUGAAGUUUACAAUAUGUUGAAGAAGGUCGAAAACCAUAGGAGCGGCUUCCUGAUGUCGAUGUAACCGCUGCAAUAUCGACCAGAAAUCUGGGGACUUUGUAAUUUCGCUUUUGAGAGGAGCAGCACUGGUGAUACAGAAGGAAAGUCCUUUGAUGAUGUUAAUGGCUGAAUCGUCUAUCGUAUCUUGAUCGAAGGCAGAGAUGGCAUGAAGGACAACCGGCGCGCGCAUAAAGGAGUGUUCCUGCCUGAUGUUAAUCGCGCGAACAUAUAUAAAUUGUUUGGGGAAAGUCCAACGUACAUAGGCAUGGCAAAGGAGAUUUAGAAGGUAUGAUAUGGUUCGAGAAACUGCAAGAGAAUGGAAGCCCUUGAAGUCUCGAACGAUAUUUUGUAAGGCGCCAGCGAGGCUUUCACCCAACUCACGGAUAGUAUCUUGAUCUCUAAGGGUCAGAAUUGUUGCCAAUUCAAGUAUGUAUAUCAUUCCAGGGUCGUAGCUUGGUUGAUUAGGGUCGGCUUUUCUACUGGGUGACCGAGACAUAUUGGGCGGAGGCCUUUCAGGCUUGACAACAAUAACUGCUGGGGUUGUGUCCGGAAGAUCUGACAGCAAAGCGUUGACUAAGGAAACAAUAGAUUCCACGGGCAUUAAGCUGUGAAGGUUAGAAUAAAAUACUCCAAAGUUGGGCAGACUGUAACAUACCUUAUAUUGGAAAGAACCUCUGGAAUGGAGCAAGCAUUGACGCAGUCCACUGUGCACAGAGUGUUUUCAAGCUCUUCAUCAGAAGGUUCAGGGGGAUCAUCCGCAGCAUAACUUGAGAGAUAUGAUGUGAAGGCCGAAAGUAGUCCGCUGUCGUUACCUCUUCCAUCUCGGUCGAUAAUUUGCGACGGGGGUUGGAGCGGAAUUGGAGGGAUAUCCAGCCUCGGCUUCAUACUCUCGAACUGAGGAAUGAGCGAGUUUAUGAACAAGUUGUGAAAUAUUUGGAUAAUGUGUGUCCACCCCUCUCGAACGAUGGCUUCAUUUCCCGUCAGGACUCUAAACAACACGACAGUUGCCAGCUGUGCCCUGAAAUCCCUGCCUAGUUUGACUGCAAGCUCGCUGACCAUCACACUCUUUUUACCGGCUUGAACUUCGGUGUUGAGAGUCGUAUUGGGUGGUACAUCUGGAGCAAGGGUGCUAAUGGAGCUAAGACAGUAGAUGAUGCGAUCCAAUGCUUCUGUCAGAUUGUAUCUAGCAGCGAUCUUGGCACAUUGGUCAAAACCGAUGACGACUCUGGAGAAGACUGCGUCGUCCGAGGCAGACAUGAAAACAUAGGAAAGAGUUGCCACCACUGGCCGCCAAGUUGCCUCGAACAUUUCAGCGUCAAAUACGUUGGAGUCGAAGACAGCCAAUUCCCCAGCGUCCACGGUCUUCAUGAGCAGCUCUUUCCAAGCAUAAUCAAAUGCGUGCUUAUUUUCGUGCUCGUCGGGUAAUAUAAUUUCGUUAUGUUGGAUAGAAGUGUAGAUGUCUUGAAGGAAAUCAAUGUCGAAAUCAUUCCCACCGUUGACUCCCCGCAGAUUCUUUACAAAACCCUCAAACGACAUGCGAUCCUGGGGCUUGACAUUGCGAUUGUAUAAGUUCGUGUUUAGCAUGAUGAUGGCGUACGUCAAGACGAAUAGUGAAUCUUUAUCCGCCACUCCACUGGGUCCUACUUUGGUGAUAUACUUGUCCGAGAAUACCGUUAAAAUCCUGGUAAUAAGAGGGGCCUCGCCAGGCAGACGGAAAGAACCAAGGAGAUCCCGCAGCGCUUCAUCUACUCGUUUGCCGUUGAAGUCGAGAAGACCAAUGAACUCGUCAAGGAGAGUUUCGUUAGAUCUUUUCGAAAUAAAUUCUCCUAAGACUUUUUUGGAUAUUCGGCUUGUUCCUUUGAGAAAACUUGCAACAAGAUGAGGGUCAUGUGGGUCAUCUAUGAUUCCGUGCGAGGCGAGGUGUGUAAUUCCCGCCUUAGGGUCCUCAUUAAAUUUCGCAGCACCUUGGAUAAUGAUCUUUUUCCGUUGCCGCUGACUUCUCAGGCGUGCAGGGUCUGGAAGAUUGUCGUAAUUAGGAGGCUGGUCUAGCCUUUCGGCAAUAAAUUGCACGUAUCCCAAGAGGGCGUCAAGACAUAGUGGAGGCACGUUUGUAGUACUCCAUGUUGCGGAGUCAGGAAAUGCGUUACGGGAUAGAAGUCCAACCAUAUCUUCACAAAGGUCAGCGCGAUCGACUUCACAGUCAUAAUUCACGAAUAGCUCAGCCAUGAAGUUGGGAAUCCGUGUUAAUGCUCCUAUGCUUUCCACCAUCGCUUCUCGGGCUUCAGGCUUCCGAGAUCCGCCUUCCAUGCCCAGCUUUUGGCGGUCUUUGACAGGAACUGGAGUUGAACGACCACUGCUGGCUUGCGACGGCGAGGGCUUCACCAAUUUCGGUGACUGGGGGACGCCUGAAUAGAGGCUUGGGUCGAUGCCCGGUUCCCGUGGUAUUUCUACUCUUGGAUGCAAACACGCGACUAGAUAAGAGAGGAAAAGCUCUUGCUGCAAUUUCAAGACACUGCGACAGGUAGAGAGUAGCGUACCCGCAACUCGAAGAGAUCCGUUUAACAAGGUCAUAUUUUCAGACCUUACUAGCUGGAAUAGAUGGCGACACAAGUCAUCUCUCGCAAGUUGUGCAAGGCUUGGGUGACGAGAAAUCGAAGGCCCUGCGACCUCAAGGGCAACAUCGAUUAUCCUUAGUGACAUAACUCGCAUUGUGUCAGUGUGUUGGCGGUUAUGUGGAUCUAAUAAGUCAAUAAGGACACGGAAAAGUUCUCGAAUCGAAGGUAGAGAAUACGGUUUGACUUCGGGGAACAUGUCUUCAUGUGGUGCGGGCUGAUUGGCAGAUGUGUCACCAUUGACGGUGGCUUCUGAAUCGUCUUCACCGCUGGUACGAUCCUUUUCUGGGGUAGACGUAUCCAUGCCUAGACUUGAAGGAUGUUGUGAUGUAACGGUAUCGCCAUCCACUGAGGGAUCCAUCUUGAAGUUCCCAGAAUCUUGAUGCGCGCUCUCUUCUUGCAACGAAUUGAGAUCCGGCAUAUCAUCGACGUCCAGUUGGGAGAGGCGCUGGAAGAUGACCUGGCACAUAUUUAUCAUAGACAUUUCGGCAGAAUGGCGAAGGACUUCCGAUAGUCGAACUUGACAACACAUGCUCAGUCCUGUUUCCAUCAUUUCGCAAACACUUUCGUCUCCCAGAAGUUGGCCUUCAGGCCUGGAGAGCAUGCCCUCCAUGAGCUUGAGGAUUCGAAGCAGAACAAUUUCAUCGGCAGCAGAGUCAGUGGCUUCAAAUCGGCAAUGCGUGAUAGCGGCUGACAAAAGCUGAAGGGCCAUGGAGAGACGUGGAGAAUCCCGGUUGAUGAUAUUGUAAGCAAAGAAUUUCGUUAUUGAGAUCAAUGCGAGGGAUGUAAUGGGAGCGGAUGUCGACGAUGAGCGUAUAACCUGAAGAAAUGGAUGUAGAAGCGCCGGGGUAUCAAAAUCACGAAUAUCUUUACAGUCUUUUAAGUCGAUACGUAGCCGCGUAAAAGCAGACAUCAGCGGAUUGUCUUGCAAGCUCUUUCCUUUCUUUCCCCUAAGACCCCAUCUACUCGCGAGUGCAUGUUCUCCCCCCACCCCCAUAGCUCCACAUUUCGUUGGGGCGAUUUUCGGCGGGGAUUUCCCCUCAAGGGAUAAGUUGGACGGGACUGAAAACUCGCGUUCAUACGAACGCGACGCACCACCUCCACCCAGGAUAGCCGCAACAGAUGAAUGAGCCCAUCUUGAAUGCUUUCGCAUCGAGGAUGUGACGGUGAUACAUUCUGUCGUCACCAAUUCGACGGGAUUUACCGCUAUUGGUAUGGUGCUGCGUCCGUUCAUGUUGCCACUCUGGUACGAAUCCGGUGUAGGGGUUGGGGCAUUUUGAGCCACCGAGCUAGAUGUGGAAGGGCCUAAUAUAUCAGGGGAAUCGUGAUCAUCAAGCUUCUCGACUGCAAUGGUCAUAUUUUAUACUGCGCGGCGCAAACGUAUAUAGCGGAGGGCUCAAGUGGUGUCCGAGGGGAGUUCAUGCCACCGGACGGUAUAGGUAUGGACGUCCUUUCAAUCAAUCAUUUAGCCAUACGUUGAAUAAUCCUCAUAAGCCACGACUCCCAGCAGACAAUCCCGUAAUACUUUGGUCGGCAGGGGAACAAAGGUUUAGCGUUGUGAGGUUGACCAUCUGAAUACUUUAUUUUUCGAGGUUAACUACAAGGCUCAGCGCAUCUAUUAAUUGACACUCAGCUUCUGUCAACAGAAGAAGUGCUUUCCUGUGGGUCAUCGAGGCUCGUGUUUUUGCAUCGUAUGAUAAUUUAGUAUUCUACGCCUACGAUACACAUCCACAUAGCCGCCCAUCUCAUGAGCAAGUUACUAGUGUUCAAAUGCUGGCUUCAGGAUAUUAUAGCUAGGAGUAUCGAGCAGGGAUAUUAUUCAUAUCUGACGCGCAGGUCGCUUGAUCUGAGUUUGGAUCUACUUUAUCCUUCCGGAUAUUUUGAAACUGAUCAGUUUCGCCCAUCGCUGUUCUAGCACUAUUUUGGAACGGGACGAGAUUUGGGAGGAAUGUUUGUCUAAGAAUGAAGCAGACCAUAUUCGACGACUAGCCUCGGAUCUGACUGAUAGGGACAAUUCUUUGGGGGGAAUUGACAGUCAGGAAUGGCCGUCCAUAAUCUAUCGAUGCUAUCCCGCGUCCUCCACAGGUUAGUCUCGAAUAAUUAAUUGACAGUUCUCAGAAUAGAAUUGUGGAGGAAAGCCUUAAAAUGGAGUGAAGUUAUAUCACGUGCUAUUUUUGUUUGGAUGACAUAAGCUAACGAUAGACGCGGAUGACGCCGCGCAAUCGCGUGUUGGAGCCAAUCACAGCUACAGGAUGCGGGCAACAACAACGCCCGUAAACAGCGCAUCCAGGCAUGACCAGCCAACUCACCGUACUUCUCCGCCUUGUGGAUGUUGACCGCUCGAUGACAGCGGGUUUAUGUUGCUCAGCAAUUUACCCAUUAUUUCAUUGGGAAUUUUUCUUGGGACUCAGAACAAUAUUUCAUUCGGUAUAGAGCCAUGUCUUCAUGAUACCAAAUGGUUGUGUUUGAUCUUAGCUUGAGUUUUGUUUACCUUUUGCAAUGCCCAAAACACAAGGCAGGUGGAAUUAGCGACCGUGCCAGAACGACUCGGAUUCUCACUCUGUGACUUGGUAGGACGGUGCUUCUAUACCUGCUAAAUUGUCCUAUACGCUUUCCAUCGCAAAUCGCCCCUCGUUACCCUCAAUCUUUACGCCGGCGCAACGUGCAGAAGGGGCACUCCCUCCCCCGCCAUGGCCUUCGUUUCCGCUUCCAUCGCAGGUCUACCCCUCGAGCAACUUACACUCUACCAUGCGGUCGACCCUAUCCUUUCGUCAGUCCUCAUAUUCCACGGCCCUGUUAUAACCGCCAAUUCCACCGUUCGAAGCUCUCGUUUCCAAGCACAUAUCAUCGCCCCUGGUGGGGUGCUAAGCUACCCUCGAAUUACAAUCUCCCCAGCUGGUCCGCUUUAUGCCGCGGUCAAUCAUCUUCCACGAGACAAGCAAGGCGACGAAAUUUACAGAGGAUUAGCGGUCUGUCUUUUGAAAUAUUUUGGAGACCUAUCUGAACCGGUCAGAUAUGUACUCCUAGGUACUGCGCGAUCUGGAAAUCUGUCAGCAAGAUUGCCGAACGCAUUUGAUGAAUUCCAUGCUGCCGAGUUAGCAAAUAAAAUGGUAAAGGUAGAGGACCCUACAGACGCCAUACGCGACCUCAGGGACGCCUAUAACGAUAGAAUUGUACCAUGGAUUGACGUGGACCUCGUUUUACCCCCCGGGUCCAUAGCUACCUCGAAUGGCUCUCGCAAUUCCGAUGGCGACACUGAACUACAGAGAGACUCCACACAGUAUGGAAAGUAUACUUCGUUGGUUGAACAUCUUGGUGAACCUGUGUUUUUACCUACUUCGAAACUGCGGCGCGCCCCAUCCCUGCCCAUAAACACUAGCAAGUCCAAAUUAUUCUCUGCCGCCCAAAAGGAGACACUUCGACUUGCUAUGUGUGAAGCUGUAGAUACCGAGGAGAGAUAUGUUGGGAAAAUGUACGACUUGGUACAUAAUAUCAUUCAAAAAUUUUCCCAUAAAGCUGCCGAUAAACCGCCAACAAGUACAAGCCCUGAUGAGACUGCGUUGAAACAGCUUUUCCCUCCUUGUUUGAACGAGAUUUUAGAGGUGAACAUGGGAUUCUUGGGCGAAAUCCGCGAAAUACUGGAACAAACGGAGAAAGAUGCCCUUGAAGACUUGGCAAGAAACACACACAUCGACUCGUCGUCGUUCCGCAGAGACGCCACCGGGAAGAGAAAUGAUCCCAUAGGAAUAAUCAAGUUUGCCCAUGCUCUCCUGGAAUGGUUCCCAAAAUUUUCCCAGCCAUAUGGGGAUUAUAUGCACACUCACCAUGGUUUCUCUCAGACUUUGAGCUCUUUCCUCAAUGAUAGCCAGUCAAGUUUCUCCAAGAGAGUGUACGAGACUGGAGAACAAAAGAUGCGUUCAGUCUUAAUGGAACCUGUUCAGCGCCUCCCAAGAUAUAGCCUUCUUAUUGAUGCUAUGACUAGUGCACUUCCGUCGGUUCACCCAGCGGUUAAGACACUCCUCAAGGCUCGCGAUAUUAUCACAGAAAUAUGUUCACUAGAUUCGCAUUCUACAAAAGACAAUUCCCGCGAUUUAAAACGCCUGCAGAGCCUUGUUGAAGACUUCCCCGUAGCCAGCCUACCUUCAGGAAGAUUGAUUGCCGCGGUUGAUUUCUACGAUUUACCACCUCCUUACCAACUAUGCUCACCUGAAGAAAGCCUAGAGUCCGGGAUCCUGUUACUUUACGGAGACUAUUUGAUCUUGCUAUCUAAAGCAUUUGAAAGUAGGAUGACCGCUCGCGGUCUAUUUGCCGAGCUCGACAAACCUCCUAUUGCGCCCACUGAUGAAGAACCCACACCCUUCGAACUCAAGUUUUUGCAGGCGUUGCGGAUAACCAACAUCCGCUGCACCCAAUCGGUAUGUGGCCGUAUCCUAUAUCUUACUCCGGCCGGAAACUCUGUACAGAAUGAGCGUUCUCGCUCUGUCUCUGCGAUGCACGCGUUAGAACUGUUAUCCACUUACGAGGGCAAGGCUGGCCGUUUGAUUGAAGAACUCACCAAGGCUCGAAUUGAGGGACGUUUCCCUGAAGAGUAUCGGGGGCGAAACAAAUGGUGCCUUCGUAGUUUUAAGGGUGGUUCUUCCAAUCUGGGCGUCUUGAUAUCCGUAUUCGAGGAUGAACCAAAAGAUGCUAGUGGCCAAAACCUCUCCUCCACAGUUAAGCUCAUAUUUGACGGAACAAACGCUGUUAGGUCGAAAGAGCUGAGUCGACCAGGCGUAGAGGUUGUCGCCUCGAUCUCAAUGUCUGGGAAUGACAUGUACAAGAUGGAGAUAGAAUCUGUAGUAGGAGUCUCCUCAGUAGAUACGUUUGCAGCUGCGGAGUUUACCUCAGUUUUGUCCAAUCGACUUAAUAAUGUCCUUCGCCCAUUGCAUCAACCCGAGAACCCCAUUCUUACUUCAGCCAUUUUAAACACUAACUUCAACAUUAUUCGAGCCGUUUCCAGCUACAUUCUGGAGCACGCAAAAUCGGGACGAGGAUUCAGACCCCCUUCUCCCUCUAAACUUCUAUCAAACUUUUGGGGCGGCAGUCCAAAAGGCUCUUUACCGCCUCCAAGAUCACUUUUACCUGCACCUAUUCUACGAGAAAUUCCACAGAUCCUUCCGCCCGCAUUAGACCGUUCCAAUAGCUUAGCACUUAGGCCCGCAUCCAGAAAUGGUAGCACUCUCGUUGGAGUAAACUCGGGAGAGAACACACUAGAUAUGUUUAAAUCUCUAGAAGAGACCUUUGCAGCCUACGUUAUUGCGAUUCGCUCGAGGAGUGGGAAUAUUGUUGGUCGCAUACUUCGAGGGCGAAGACAGGCUGACCUCGCCACAGUAAAUGAACUCUACAAUGCACUUUUGGAGGAUGCUGGAAAAAUUCAAUUGGCCGCCGAAUCUCCAGUUGACGUUUUAUUUGUGGCGUUUGAAACCUUCAUGGCCAAUGCCUGGAACGAACACAUCGGUCCCAUAAUUUCUCUGGACGCGUGGGAGGUCAUACAAUCCAAGUUUGAUUCGAUGUUUCCGGGAGAUUUCGAGGGCUAUUUCCACCAAUUCCUAACAGAAAUGAGUCCUCAGAAUCGUCGAGCUCUUACAGCGCUUGUAAAACUACUUGCUGAGCUGCUGGAUGCUUCUGGUAAUGAUGGUGAUCGCGGUGCUCUUACGGCAACUUUCUCUGAAAUUUUGACGGAUAAGGGGAAUGCUAUGGAGCAUAUAUCGCUCCUCGAUCGACUUGUAGAGGACUUUGAUCGGCUAUUUGAAGAGAGUGGCACACUCGAUGGACCCAUGGAAGGGACUCCAUUGAAUGACCAAAUGACCCCGCUUACUCGGACCCAAUCUGUGAAUACAGGAUCCACAAACCACGGGUCCAUAAGCUCAAACACAUCUUCGUUUCGAAAGAGGUUUGGCUUUGGGAGUUCUCGAGACCGCGGUAAAUCCGAGAGCGAAGGGAAGGUUAGUUCUAUUAUUCGAACACUUAGCAAAUCUAAAGCACAUGGAGAAGCAGACUCGCAGCCACCGAGUUUUUCGAAGGCAUCCCUUUUCCGAUCUAGAUCUAUCGAUACAGACUCUCGUUUAGCCAGUCUACUGCGACCCGUGUCAAGGGAACGCCUUCUGGCACAUGGUAUAUUUUCCGCAUCCGCGGAAGAUCAGUCGUUGAGACCAAACAGCGCUCACAGCAAUGCUCCUACACUUGCAUCCAUUGGUGAGGAUCCCGCUACGGACAAACCUGUUACCGUAAGGAAAAAGCGACGAAGUUCGCUGUCCGACCUGAAGGCUUUGCCUGCUACAAACGUUGCGGCUCUGCUGCCCCCAAUUGAUUUAAGGCGCCCGCUUACUCCAACCUCCUCUCCGAACGCCAAAGCUUCACCGGAGGGCUCUCCUCCCCAGCAGCAGUCCAGACCGGCCAGUAGGUCUGGACCACAAACUCCGAAAAGGGCAGCUCCUGCCAAUCCAUCUCCCUCGCGGCCUCUGGUAUCAUCAAGUAAAGAGAAUGCUCCACCGACACCAAGGACUAUGCUUGGGGAAAGAGCCGCGAAUAGGAAGCCGAACUCAGCCAUUCCGCUACAGAUUAGCCCAAAGCGACGAUCGGAAGGCUUAUCUUAUAUUCCAUCUCCGAGAAAUACCUUCCUCAAGGAUCGGGUCGCUUUACCUGGGCCGUCGGAUAUGAAUAACGGUAGGCCCCAGUCGUCUUCAUCGAUUCAGCGUACUCCCAAACUACGAAUGCAGAAUCCGCAAAAGUUACGGGAACGCCUUCAAAAUGAGAAAAAGGCAAUUGCAAAUGCAGAGUCUACCAUUAAAACUGAAAUUUCUUCUUUUGCAGAUGAAAUAUCGAACCCUAGACUUUCCCCGGUAAGGCGACGACCGGGAACUCCGAAAGCGCUCGCGUCGCCUCCGUCGACUUCAGGUUCUACCGCGACGCUCCACAAUCGUGCUCGCUCACUUGAGUCAAAGGUUAAUACAUUGUUAUCGGAAUUGUCUUCAAGAACAACUAUCCUCGAGAAGGAUAUUGAAGACUCGCUCCUUGUGAGCGAGAGGAGAGCUAGGAAACUCGAUGAGCUCUAUCGAGAAGCCAGCGCGGAAAACAGCGCGCUUUAUGAACGAUUCAAUGUUGAGCUCAGAAAAGUAACUAAGGAAGUACGCCUAGGGGCCGGUGAGGAGGCGCUCAAAUCGCAGCUGAAAGAAGCACUGGAUGAAGUGGCAAGGGUGAAGAAAGAGAAUCUGAGACUGAAAAGGGAGAUUGGAGGGUUGAAAGCGCAGCAUCUUGACUCUGUGAAUGGGGAUGUACUAAAGGGAGAGGAAUGAGGGGCGUUAUGUGAUGAUGGCACUGAUAACUUAUGGCACGGCAUAUGGAAUGGAACGGGAUGACUGACGGAGUCCUUGGAUGGGUACGGUUAUUGUGAGGUAUAGGUUUGGGUAGAUAGGAUAUGAGGCAUGGAUAUGAUCACAUACACAGGGCGGUUAUGGGCUUCUUUUUGCAUUCGAAUUGUUAAUUUUCCUUUCAUGGGUUCCAUACCCAGCCUAGCACGGACUUUGGUUUGAUUCUUUGGCUGGUUGAGUUUUUCUUAAGCGUUUAGGGAUUGGUUGGCUUCUUGAUUUCAAAACAAUCGGUUUAUGGUGUUCGUUCUAUAGUUUUCCCCAUUUGAAUAAUGUGUAGGAGGUUACUGCUGUAUUUAGUGGAAUGAAGUCAAGAACAUUUUGCUUUGCUUUGAAUUUUUGAAUUUCGGGCUCUUCUUAGUUGAAUGCGGAAAGGACUACAAUUCCCUUAUUGUAGUAACGAUUACACAAGAAUCGUUCAAAAGCUGAAGUUUAUAUACUAGUUACAUCAGUUACCGCAGAUCCUAACCUGUAAACUGUUGGUAUGUACCUUAGCUUUCCAGAAAAUUAUUUGACGUAGGUGUUGCUUUUGGGAUUCUGCUGACGAUGGCAUCCUUGGGAGUGUUGCAAGUCGCGAUACUACUACGCCCACGCGAACGUUAUAGAAACAUUUUGC